AUGCAGUGGGCGCCUGGCAAUUAUUACGGAAACGAUCGCGCCCCCAAGUACAUCGCUAUUUCGUACACCUGGGGUAGAUGGCGAUUGAAGAUAGCCUUCGAUAAUCCUGGCGAACCGGUCCCUCAAAUCCACUACGUCUGGCUGGACGUGGCCUGCAUUGACCAGACGCGGGGAUCGGCAGAAAUGGCCUUGGAGGUUGGCCGUCAAGCAAAAAUCUUCAAGGGAGCCACGCACACGUUUGCAUGGUUGACAAAGCUUUCCCGUCAGGGAUACUUGUCACAGACUGAAAAGCUUCAACAGCAGGCCAAGUCAUCACGAGCUGAGGCAAAGAGUGGCAUUGAGCGCGUUCAACGCGGUUUAGACGGCACUAGGCAAGAGAUCGAACUUCUGAGCCUGGACCCAUGGUUCUCGUCUCUCUGGACGCUGCAAGAAGCCUAUCUCUGUCCUCAAACGGUGUUUAUUUCCAGACAGGGAGAGCUCAUGAGCCCGUCUGAGAUUGACAACCCUGCCGAACGUCCCAUGUUGUUGAGCGACUUCAUCGACUACUGCGACCACAUGAUGACCAUUGUGACCUCACACGAGAAAAAGCCGCAGACCAUCGAGACGAACGACAAGUACCUGCUAGCAUUGAAGCGCUCAAUCGAGCGCAGCGGUAUGACCGGCCUCCGAUCAAGUCUCCCAGUCACCUUACUUGGGGCUGCUCGCCAUAGAACCACGACUCGCGCAACAGAUCGUGUGUAUGGGAUCAUGCAGAUAUUUGGCUUUCAGUUGGGAAAAUCGAGACCGGGAUGUGACCCGCACGUCGAAUUCUCACUUGCAGAAUUGGAGGAUGAGCUCGGUCGAGAGCUGCUCAUCCGGGAACCUAUUAUGAGCCAGAUGCAUAUCUUUGAGAUUCCUCCCCAGCCUGGGAAGAGAUGGAGAAUCUCCCAAGACUCUCAACCUACAAGGCGUCUAAAUUAUGGCGACGGCAAGUCAGUCUUUGAUGCCAUGUCGGUAAAGGCAAAGCUCUCAACCGUCACUUUCGAAGGGGUUGACUGGGGUCACUUCAGGGGCAAGAUCUGCAAAUUUAGCAAGCUGAUCAAAAUUUGGAAUACCAAAGCGGGAUGGACCGGCGGAAACAUUGACCUGGAUGGCCCAGAACAAUGGACCGCUGUCCAUGGCCCUGAACUUGCGCGCAAAGAAGCGAUUGCUUUCAGUCAACAGCACCCAGACGCAGUUCUCUUACUUCUGGGCCUCGCAGAGAUUAAAGCACCUCCCAACGACUGGAGCAUGCCAGUAGGUCUCUUGCUUGUUCCCUUCAGUGGCCAGUCCGGGAUCUCGGAGACUUUAUGUGUUUGGCUACGAGCUGGUAUCUGUCAAUGGUGGACAAGCACCGAUCCGAAUCACAGUCCUGAAGUAGUGAGAACCUUGCAAGGUGAAUCGGAAGAAUGGACUUCAAGUGCUGGCGCUUUUGGAUAA